UGAGAUUGAAGAAUGGCUGAGCAACAUCAACAGCAAUCUUCUUCUUCUUCGUCGUCGUCGGGUUCUUCAGGUUGGGGUAAUGCUCUGCCGGAGGCUUUGAGCGAGGUUCUGGACAAGUUGUUCCAUGUUUCUGAUUGCAUACGAUUCGGUACCGUCUGCGAAUCAUGGCGCAAAGCUACUGCCAAUCACAAACAGAAGCGCAUUCAGAAUCUUGAUAAACAGCCGCCAAUGUCCCUGUUAAUCCCUCAUCCCGACGACUACUAUGCCUACGCCAGCACCGGCUUCUUCAAACUCAACGGCGUCGAAUCCAAACUGUACAACGUCGGCGAAGACAGGCUCUACAAAGUCAAUCUUGAAAGGCUCAUUCUUGGUGAAGAAGCUGUCGCUGAGGCCACCGUGGAGGUCAGAAUUCUGGGUUCAUCUCACGGAUGGUUGGCUGUCCAGAAAAGGGAUGAUCAAGAAUCGUUCAUACUCUGCAACCCAUUCAAUCGGAAGAGGCUAGAAAUUCAGGGCACCCCAAAGGGAUUGGGUAAAGUUCACAAGAUUGUCUUGUCCUGUGACCCUUCUCUGAAUCCGGACAAUCUUGUCGUCGCCGCACUCUUAUCCGGCCGGGAAGGUGGACCCAUCGGCGGCCCGGAACGUGUAAUGAUCAAAUCCGGCCAAGAACCUUGGGUUUCAGUGGAUACAGUUAUGAUGGGAGAGGAAGCAUUUGGGGUUUAUCCUUCUUAUGUUGCGGACAUAUUGUUUCACCAGGGAUUUCUGUACGCAGUUGACCCGUACGGCUGUCUUAUCGCCGUUGACUGCAGUGGUGGCGGGGAAACCGGAAGUUCCGAUGGCGGUGUUCCGGCGGUUGGCGUUGUGCUUCAGCGAAGACCCAUCAAGAGGUCGCAGCCGGACAGGAAUGUUUUGGCGGCGUCAUCAACUGGAAUCCUUCUCCUCAUGGUGCCAGCACCUUAUGUGUUUGGUGAAUAUGACACUUACAGAUUGGUUAAACACAAGAGAACAGGGGAAGGAGGAGCAGGGGAAGCAGAGGAGACAGCUGCUUGGGAAAAAGGAUCGCCGAAUCCUGAUGAGACCAUACUGGUGGGUAUGAAUGAUGCUUGUUUGUGCAUCCAAAACUUUGAUCCAGAUUGGUCGCACAGGCAGGCAAGCACUGUUGAAUUGGGCUUCAAUGGCCGGAAGGAUAUACAGGAACUUGCUAUGUUUUCUCCACCAUUCUACUGGAAGUGAAGACUGAGCAGCGAGUGGCGGGAAGAUUUGACUAUAUGAUGAUGCCAGAAUUGACUGCUGAAGAUUUUUUGUCAGUUUUAUGAUUCUUUUACUACUUAGCUAAUUCUGUUCUGCUGUAGUUUUCACUUUUCAAGUCAGUUUGUUCUUUUUCAGGUGCGAACGAGUAGAAAUUCUUUCUAAUUAAACAUUUUGUUAGUUUUGGUUAUUGUAGUGUGAUGUGUGAG